GUCUAACGUCAGCCAGUGUGUUGGAAUCGAGUGCAACGAUGAGUUCACACAAAGAGUCUCAGCAAAGCAAAUGGAUAUUUCUAGAACCUGCCAUCAGAAGGGGAGAUGUCUCUCAAGUUUCUUCCAUCCUCGACGACAACCCCGACCUUGCCGGCCCCGGCCCACACUCCUUGCUCCACAGCGCCGUGGACUCCGACGGGAACUGCACUUCGUGCUGGGGUGAGCUGCUCGAUGCUGGAGUCCCGCCCAACACUCAAAGUCUGGCGACCAUCGGCGCUCUCCAUCUCGCGGCGAUGAAGAGCUGCUUCAACUGCAUGAAGCAGCUGAUCGACUCGGGCGCUGACGUUGGCCUCAAGGACAUACAAGAUCGAACUCCUUUGUUUUACGCAGUCAAUAACAAUCGUGGCGGAAGUGGUCAGUGCAUACAGCUGCUCCUGGAAAAGGGCUCUUCAGUCAACGAUGCGUGUGAGGGCCGCAUCACGCCCCUUCACGUUGCUGCAGAAGUGGGCAACGUCACAGCCGCCCAGCUGCUGCUGAAGGCAGGGGCGUCCCACGAUGCGAGAGACAAGGACGGCUGUACACCCUUGCAUCUUGCCACGACUUCCGGCAUGGUGGAGGCACUGUUAGCAGGCGGAGCUGAUGUCACGGUAAAGGACAACGCCCUUCAGACGCCGCUGGAGAGAGUGAUCCAGUUCUACCCGACGGUCGCCCAGACGCUGUUGGACGCCGGCGUAGAAGUGCGCGGAAACCCGCAGGAAAAAGACCUUCGCGUCUUUUUCCAUCUGAACACCGUGACUGGUGGCAGCAGCCCAUGCGAAGUAGAUCUCUUAGACAAAAUAGAAAAUUAUGGUCAUUACGAUCUUCUAAAGCAUCCUCUUUGCGAAAUAUUUAUCCACCUGAAGUGGUACCACGUGCAACCGCUCUUCUACAUUUUAUCCUUCUUACGCGUGGUCAUGAUUGUCUCCCUGACAAUGUACCUGACCCUUCAGCGACGCGUCGAGAGGAUGGAGACCAAAUACCCCGUCAACUGCUCCGUUUGGAGCGGAGGACUGGACGACUUCCUCAGUGAUGAGCAGUUAAAAGUUGCGAUUACUUCAAUGAGAGUGUUGGCACUGCUACUUGUAGCCUUACUUAUCGUAUGGGAUUUAGUGAAAUAUUUUACACUCAAGCUUCAAUUCUUGAGGAGAGUGGAUUCACCUAUUACCUUUAUCUUCUUUGUGUGUUCUGCCACGCUACUAAUAGCGGAUUGUAACAUAAUAUAUUGGGAACAACACCUCGGUCUUGUGGCGCUUUUGACAGGCUGGUUGCAUGUGACAUUCAUCCUGUCCCACAGCCCAGAUCUAGGCAUUUAUGUCCAGUUGUUUAAGGUGGUUGUACUUAGGAUGGCCAAGUUUUCGGUCGUCUACCUGCCCGUCUUCAUAGGCUUCGCCCUCUGCUUCCGCGUGACCUUCGACAAGAGCGGAAAUAUCUUCCAAACGCCCUUGUCCUCCGGCAUCAAGGCCCUGGCCAUGAUGUCAGGCGAGCUCGACUACAAUAAAGUCCUAGGUCAACAUGAGCCCAUUCUUCCUGGAACGAGGGAAAUCGUUUUCUGCUUCUACGUGCUGUUGAUAGCAAUAUCCACAGUCAAUCUCUUGGUGGGCCUUGCUGUAAGGGACAUCCAGCUGUUGAUGAAGAAGGCGGGAGUGAAUCGCCUGGCGCUGACUGUGCUCUUGGAGAUCCAGGUCGACGAGUUCUUCAAUUCGCGUCUCGCCUCCUGCUUCUUCCGGCCGCUGAAGGAGAUGACGUCACUCCUCCCGAGCCUGGCCGCCAAGCCGCUGACCGUCGGGCGCGGCAGCUUCCGGCCCCGCAGCAUGAUCGCCAGCUUCGAGACGGAGGGACAGGCCGCCCAGAAAAUGAUCGAAGCAGAAAAGUACUACAAUGUGUUCAUCUGCCCCAACCGCACGAAUGACUCCGGCCGAGUGUACAGGAGCCUCAUCCCGAACGGAUUCUCCAAAGAAGACUUCAUCGAGCGGCCGGCCGCGUUCACCCUCCCCCCCUGGAUUGUGAGGAACACGAAGCUCCUCAUCAACAGCGACCGGUUCAGGAGGAAGGUCGAGGGAGGAGAAGCAGGGAGGCAGACGCAAGGAGAAGCCUCGAUCCUCAGUUCAGGCUCAUUCUGAGUGACGAAGGGCGUGGAGGCCUGCAAGAAUGAGUAUUACUAGUAUUAAUAUUAUCAUUACAAUUU